AUGCUUGGACAGCGGUUGCGUGAGCGUGAGACAGCAUACUGUGAUCUAAAAUCAAAAAAUUCAGCUUAUUCCGCCUCUACUGUUUUCAUUGAAAGACCACUGCAACGAUUGCAAGAAUUAGACGUGGAAAAAUAUGAACCCAUUUUACUUCGAUGCUCGGCGUUGCAACGAAUACAUUUUGUUCAAAUAGACACAUUACAGCGAACAUCUGAAAUCUACAAAAUUCUGCAUGAAUUUCAUACUGCGGUAUCACAAUCAAUGUUUCGUUUGGUGCCAUCCUUAGAAACAGAUGAAUGGCCUGUACGAUAUGUUUUUGCAUCA